GGGCGGUAAUGCUCUCUCCAGCUACUGCAAACCGCUGAGCAGAAGGAGAGGCUCGGAGCUGCAGACUGGAGGAAGUUUAAAGCAGCUUCUUAUUUAUUUGAACCGUAAACUAAAACAGCAUGGCUUUGAGAGCUGCUUUCAGGAGCAGGGGCGGACUGUCGGGACUCCUCUCCCAGUGGUCCUCCUGCAGCAGCAAUGUGAGAACCUGUGUGUCUCCCGUCCUCCUCCCUCAGCAGAGAAACCACUCUACGUCUCCGAAGAUCAGAGUGGAGUUCGACCAGAGCACGGGUGUGGCUGUGCUGCACAUGCAGAGUCCUCCGGUCAACAGCCUCAGUUUAGAGUUCCUCACCGAGCUGUGCAUCAGUGUGGAGAAGCUGGAGAUGGAUAAGAGCUGCCGAGGCCUCAUCAUCACCUCGGGUCAGCCAAAGGUGUUCUCCGCCGGGCUAGACAUCAUGGAGAUGUACGGGAAGAGUCCUGAACAUUGCGGAGCGUUCUGGAGAGCCGUUCAGGAGAUGUGGCUGAAGCUCUACAGCUCCAACAUGGUCACUAUCGCUGCUAUCAAUGGCUCCAGUCCUGCCGGAGGCUGUCUGAUGGCCAUGACGUGUGACCACAGGAUAAUGGCGGACAACCCUCGUUACAGCAUCGGCCUUAACGAGACGCAGCUGGGGAUCGUGGCGCCUUUUUGGUUUAUGGACACCAUGACGAACACGGUGGGCCAGCGGACCACAGAGAUGGCUCUGCAGCUGGGGUUGCUCUACAACCCGGCAGAGGCCCUGAAGAUCGGACUGGUGGAUCAGCUGGUGCCUGAAGACCAGGUCCUCACCGCGGCCACGCAGACCAUUAGCAAGUGGCUGGCUAUUCCAGACCAUGCCAGACAAAUCACCAAGUCCAUGAUGAGGAAGCAAACCAUCGACAAGCUCAGGUCCAACAGAGAGUCCGACAUCCAAUACUUUGUCAACUUCAUCACCAAAGACUCCAUCCAGAAGUCGCUCGGCGGGUACAUGGAGAUGCUGAAGAAGAGAAGAGCCUAAAGGACAGAGGGAAAUAAUGACGUAUAUACUUUCUUUAAGGGGGGGGGGGACGUUCUAACACUGUUAAAACACAUCCGCUCUCAGUGUGAUAUUGGUGUCUGUGAGCUAGGAUCCUUAAUCUCUCCGCACCAUCUCUUCAUACAUUUACUCCAGUCUUUUGAAAAUGUAGGUACUUCUCUCAUGUCACCUUGUACUUCAAUUCCAUUAUAAUUAAAGAGAAAUAUCUGA